AUGGCUUCUCUCUCCCGGCUCUGGAGUCGCUGUGCGGCGCGUUCUUUUGCCUCGGUUUCCUCUUCUUCACCGCCGGUGAACACAGGCUCAGUGGGCCCAUAUCAAGUUUUUGAUCGGCACGCUAAAACCCUACAAAGAGACCGCGCCGCAACGCGCGAUGGCGGGGAGCGGAGCAGGACGGUAGAUUAUCUUCGGGAUGAGGUCGCGAGUCGCAUGAUGGAGAGGUUGCUGGACAUUAAACGACAGUUCAAUACUAUACUGGACCUUGGCUCAGGUCCCGGCCACUUUACAAAGCUGAUUGGAAAGGACCGCGCGCAGAAAGUCGUGAUGCUAGAUUCGAGUGAGACACUCCUGCACCGAGACCCUGCGUCUACCUUCGAAGUCGAAGUAGAACGAAUAUGCGCCGAUGAGGAACAACUGCUUGAUGUUGUAGGCCGCAACUCACAGGAAGCCGUCACUUCUUGUUUGAGCCUUCACUGGGUAAAUGACUUGCCUGGUAUAUUGAUCCAAAUCCGAGAAUCUCUCCAACCCGACGGGCUGUUCCUGGGAGCCAUGUUAGGCGGUGACACACUUUUCGAACUAAGAACAUCCUUGCAACUAGCCGAAGUUGAGCGUGAAGGCGGAAUCUCUCCACACGUCUCGCCGAUGACGGAUACGCGGGACAUGACGAAUCUCCUAGGUCGCGCGGGGUUCACGCUUCUCACCGUGGACACGGACGAAGUGAAGGUGGGGUACCCAAGUAUCUGGGAGCUCAUGGAAGAUCUGCAAGAUAUGGGUGAAAGUAAUGCUAUUUUUGGACGCCGACCGCUGAUCCAUCGGGAUACACUGACUGCCGCAUCAGCUAUCUACAAAGCCCUCCAUGGAAACAAAGACGGUUCGAUUCCAGCGACUUUCCAGAUCAUUUACAUGAUUGGAUGGAAACCAUCACCUACGCAGCCUAAACCCUUGGAGAGAGGGUCAGGCAAGGUUAACUUGAAGGAAGUGUUGUAG